GCUGCCGUCUCCCCGCCGCCCUGCCAGCCGCGAUCAUGUCCAUCCACAUCGUGGCGCUGGGGAACGAAGGCGACACGUUCCACCAGGACAGCCGGCCGUCGGGGCUCAUCCGCACCUAUCUGGGGAGAAGCCCGCUGGUUUCGGGGGACGAGAGCAGCUUGUUGCUGAACGCGGCCAGCACGGUCGCGCGCCCGGUGUUCACCGAGUACCAGGCCAGUGCGUUCGGGAACGUCAAGCUGGUAGUGCACGACUGUCCCGUCUGGGACAUUUUUGACAGUGACUGGUACACAUCCCAAAACCUAAUUGGGGGUGCUGACAUCAUUGUGAUCAAAUACAAUGUAAAUGACAAGUUUUCAUUCCACGAAGUAAAGGAUAAUUAUAUUCCAGUGAUUAAAAGAGCAUCAAACUCAGUUCCAGUAAUCAUUGCUGCUGUUGGGACCAGACAAAAUGAAGAAUUACCUUGUACAUGUCCCCUGUGUACCUCAGACCGAGGGAGCUGUGUUAGUACCACAGAAGGGAUCCAGCUUGCCAAAGAACUUGGAGCUACAUAUCUGGAACUCCACAGCCUUGAUGACUUCUACAUUGGAAAGUAUUUUGGAGGAGUGUUGGAGUAUUUUAUGAUUCAAACCUUAAAUCAGAAGACAAGUGAAAAAAUGAGGAAAAGGAAAAUGACCAACUCCUUCCAUGGAAUUAGACCGCCUCAACUUGAACAACCAGAAAAGAUGCCUGUCUUGAAAGCUGAAGCAUCACACUACCACUCUGACUUGAACAACUUGCUAUUCUGCUGCCAGUGUGUGGACGUGGUGUUUUACCACCCAGAAGUGACAGGCAUCGUGGAGGCCCAUAAAAUUGUUCUCUGCGCUGUAAGCCACGUUUUCAUGCUGCUUUUCAAUGUGAAGAGCGCUACUGACAUUCAGGACUCCAGUAUCAUCCGAACCACCCAGGAUCUCUUUGCCGUAAGCAGAGAUGCUGUGUUUCCAGGUGCUAGCCAGGGAUCUUCCAGCAACCCACCCCUGCGAGUCAUCGUGAAGGAUGCCCUCUUCUGCUCCUGUUUGUCCUACAUUCUGCGCUUCAUUUAUUCAGGUGCUUUUCAGUGGGAGGAACUAGAAGAAGACAUCAGGAGGAAGCUGAAAGAUUCAGGGGACGUCUCCAAUGUCAUCGAAAAAGUUAAAUGCAUUUUAAAAACACCAGGAAAGAUCAAUUGUCUGAGGAAUUGCAAGACCUACCAAGCCAGAAAGCCUCUGUGGUUCUAUAAUACGUCGCUCAAGUUUUUCCUUAAUAAACCGAUGCUUGCUGAUGUUGUCUUCGAAAUACAAGGAACAACUGUGCCAGCCCACAGAGCCAUCCUGGUGGCACGAUGUGAAGUGAUGGCCGCCAUGUUUAAUGGCAAUUACAUGGAAGCCAAGAGUGUCCUGAUCCCAGUUUAUGGCGUUUCCAAAGAGACUUUCUUGUCAUUUUUAGAAUACUUAUACACAGACUCUUGUUGCCCAGCUGGCAUUUUCCAGGCCAUGUGUCUUUUGAUCUGUGCUGAGAUGUACCAAGUCUCCAGACUGCAGCAUAUCUGUGAGCUCUUCAUCAUCACACAGUUGCAAAGCAUGCCCAGCAGGGAGCUAGCCUCCAUGAACCUGGACAUCGUGGACCUGCUCAAAAAGGCCAAGUUUCACCAUUCUGACUGCCUUUCAACUUGGCUGCUUCAUUUCAUCGCCACCAACUACCUCAUAUUCAGCCAAAAGCCAGAAUUUCAAGACCUUUCAGUGGAAGAACGAAGUUUUGUUGAGAAGCACAGAUGGCCAUCAAACAUGUACCUGAAGCAGCUGGCGGAGUAUAGGAAGUAUAUCCACUCUCGGAAAUGCCGCUGUUUAGUCAUGUGACCUGCGCUUUUGUAUACAUACACUUUUUUAUUAUUAUGAAGAAUGGGUACCUCUGGGUUCCAGUAAAAUUCUUAUAACUAAAUCGGUAUGGUAUUUUAAAAAGUCACCAUACAGCUUCUUAUUGCCUAUCUUUGAAGGACUGUGGCAGUCUUAAAAGGAAGCACAGUCUACAGACUUCAGUGCUUCCCCUAGAAUGUAAGACUGUUGGACAGUGGCUUCUCCUCUAGGUUGCCCCAUUGCUCUAAUAACACUAAGACCUCUGGUAGUUAAGAGAUGUUUAAUUUUUUGAAAAAAAAUCAUCUAGGCUACAUACAAAAAUUUCAUUAUGUCUGACUGAUUGCUCUGCUAAAAUAAGGGCCAUUCAAAAGCCAGGUGUAACUGGAAUUCGGGGGAGUGCUAACCAGUGGGGCAUGAAGUUGUGGGAAUAGAAAUUUGCCAUGUAACAGUUAUAUACCAGUUGGUUCCAGUCCAGUAAAAGUGUUUGAAUCAAUCAAUCAAUAUAAUGAGGAACAACUGCUGCAUCUGGACUAUCUAACCGCAUCUGCUCGUUAAUCAGCCACAAACCUAAUCAGGGAUAGUAGUUACUUCCAUGGAACCUUCUGGAUUCUGCAGGCUCCCACACUUAGAAAGGUCUGGCACUUGGUUUAGUGCUCUGCUAGUACAGCUGUUAAAUUCUUACAAAUGUUUGGAGAAGGGCCUCAUAUUUUUACUUUGCACUGGCUUCCCAAAAUUAUAUAUAUUUCCUAUCAGGGAAGAUGCAGUUUCUUUCCUUCCUUCCUUCCUUCCUUCCUUCCUUCCUUCCUUCGUUCCUUCUUUCUUUUCCAGACAGGGUUUCGCUGUACAACAGCCCUGGCUGUCCUUGAACUCACGUUGUAGACUAGGCCAGCCUUGAACCUACAGAAAUCUGCCUGCCAUUGCCUCUGGAGUGCUGCCACCCUGCCUGGCUGAAAAUGCUUUUUUCUUAUUCAAACUUCACUCCUAAGAGUGAGAAACAGAAGAGUUGCAGAUGCCAGGAGAGCAGAGUGGAGAUUCCCUCCUUUGGGGAGGCUUGUACCUAGCCUCCACAGUGACCUCUCCUGACAGUAAGAAAUGCUUUUUCUUGGCUUUGGGACACUAGCUCACUUCUGGCUCUAUCCCGGAAGAGCAAAAACUUGAUCAAUAUGUGAAGCCAGGAAGUUGAUAGGAGUGACUGAGUAGCCUGACUAUAAUACACAGUUACAAAGACAAUCACAGGGAAAGAUGCUUUGUAGAGACUUGGCUACAAAAGCUUAAGAGUUCUUUCAUUUAACUUUAUCUGUUAAGAUUAGGAUGUCGGUGGCUUGAAUUGACUUCUUUCCAAGGACUGAAAGGAUAUCUGGUGUGAAAUAUCAAAGCCACCUAGGAAGGUAAAAGAAAGGAUGUAAAUCAAAGACCUGCUAGAUGUAGAGACAGUUGGCUGGGAAAGCUGAGUUAGUUAUUUCAUAUCACAUGUUGGCAGAAAUGAUUCUGCAGGAUGCACAAAAGCUUAGGCAAGGAAAAAGCCUAUCACUGUUUAGUGUUAGCAUCGUGGGCAUCUGGAAUUUAGUACUGGGAUAUACUUUUCUAAUUUCCAGUGAUUUUAAUAUGCAUAUUUUCUCCAACUUUUCAAAAGUUUGAUUCAACAGUCUUUCCUGUAGUGUUAGGAUUACAUGCAAAAAGCCCUUUUGUGUGUACCAGUACUGUCAAAAUAAUGGGAAAGAAUUCUUUUAGCUAGAAUCCCAAGAAAGCUCAUAUUAAUUGUGCUGUGUCAGUGAAGAUUAUUGGAAUGAAUUUUGGUUUUGUAUUUUAAUCACUUGAAUUAUUCAACUAUUGGCACAUCCCAUUUGGUGGCUUAGCAUUGUAAAGAACAGAAUAUAGCAAUACCUAGAAGUUCCUUUGCAAUUUUAGAUCACAUGGUAGCCUUUUGAUACUCAGAAGCAUAUGCUCACCCUCUGUGCUAAUCACAGCAUUUAAAAUUCCAAACUUUU